AUGAAGAAGAGACAGCCAAGUGUUGAUCUUUGGGGUGCGACCUCCGAGCGUCAAGCAGGCAGCAGCUCCGAGGGCACAGAAGAUUCUGAUUUUUCUGCUGAUCUGGAUCAUACAGAUAGCUCUGAGAGUGAUGGACAGCCACGGAGAUCUACCAGAUUAACCAGAUCUUCAUUAAGAAACAGUCAGAGUUCUCAAGAUUCUAGCCCAGUACAGCAGAUACCAUCAUAUGCAUCAGAUGAACCUGCUUAUGCUACAAGAAGGGUAACACGUAGCCAACAGCAGACAACUCCAGUCACACCUAAGAAGUACCCACUCCGACAGACUCGCUCAUCUGGAUCAGAAACUGAGCAUGCGGUUGAAUUUUCAGACAAAGAUACUAAGACAGCUGUCGAUCAUGAUGAGUCUCCCCCACGUACUCCUACAGGAAAUGCUCCCUCCUCAGAAUCUGACAUUGAUAUUUCCAGUCCAAAUGCAUCACAUGAUGAAAGCAUAGCGAAAGAUGCUUCAAUGAAAGAUUCUGGAAGUGACCUCUCACAUAGGCCAAAACGUCGCCGUUUCCAUGAGAGUUAUAAUUUCAAUAUGAAGUGCCCUACUCCAGGCUGCAAUUCUUUAG